AGAAGUUGCAUUGUGUGAUUGUGUGGCAAAGGCAGCAAAAUAGCAAACCUUCUGGGGGACAUUUAUAAUUUCGUUAAACUUCAUUUCUUCAAGAGCAAAGAAAUAAUGGAGGCGGCAAUCGGCCGUCAUUGCGUACUUGCCCCGCGAAAAUUCCAUUCGGAUUUCUCCCAUUGCGCCGUUCUAUAGAGUUUCAAUCCAUUUCCUACUUCUCUUCUCAAUAGUGAAUACAUCCCUUCCAUGGCCGACUCUAGCCUGCCUUCUCCAAGAAGAGAUUCUAUCAAGUCUUCGGUUGGGAGUGUUGCUGCUAAUCGAAGACGACAGCAUGCGAUUGCGGUGGGAAAGGAAAGAAGGGACUUGUUGGUGCGCGCGAAGCGCUUCUGCAGAAUUGGGAUUGGUGAUGGUGAUGGUGAUGGUGAUGGUGAUGGUGUUGACAAUGAAAUGAUAAUGGACGAAGAGUUGUCGAUUUUGGAAGUUCAAACUUCUUCAGCAGUGGACGAGCUAAAAUCCGCAGUUGCAUACCAGGGAAAAGGUGCAAUGCAGAAGAGAAUUCAUGCCCUUCGAGAACUAAGACGCUUGUUAUCUCGAUCUGAAUUCCCUCCAGUUGAAACUGCUCUUAAAGCAGGAGCAGUAUCCUUGUUGGUGCAGUGUCUUUCAUUUGGCUCCCCUGAUGAACAGUUGCUUGAGGCGGCUUGGUGCUUAACGAACAUUGGAGCUGGGAAGCCUGAAGAAACCAAAUCUUUGUUGCCAGCAAUACCGUUGCUUAUUGCUCAUCUUGGAGAAAGAAGUUCACUGCUUGUUGCAGAGCAGUGUGCAUGGGCAUUGGGAAAUGUUGCUGGUGAAGAGAAGGAGUUGAGGAAUAUUCUGCUUUCGCAAGGUGCUUUAUUACCUCUUGCCAGAAUGCUGCUACCAAACAAAGGUUCAUCCGUUAAAACAGCUGCUUGGGCACUAUCCAACUUAAUUAAGGGACCAGAUUCCAGGGCUGCUACAGAACUAAUUAGAAUAGAUGGGGUGUUGGAUGCCAUCAUUAGACACUUAAGAAAAGCGGAUGAUGAGUUGGCAACUGAAGUUGCCUGGGUAAUUGUGUAUCUCUCAGCACUCUCAGAUGUUGCUAUCAGUAUAUUGGUGAAGAGUGAAGUUGUCCAACUACUUGUGGAAAGAUUAUCAACAUCAAAUAGUUUGCAAUUGCUUAUUCCGGUGCUUCGAAGUUUAGGAAACCUUGUGGCAGUGGAUUCACAUACAAUUUCUGCUAUUCUCAUUCCUGGAAGUGAAAUUACAGGUAGUGUUUUAGAAGUCCUGAUAAAAUGCUUAAAAAGCGAGCACCGAGUUUUAAAGAAGGAGGCAUCUUGGGUGCUGUCCAACAUUGCUGCGGGUUCCAUGGAGCACAAGCAAUUGAUAUACACCAGUGAUGUGGUACCCUUGUUGAUUAGACUUCUUUCAUCAGCACCAUUUGAUGUAAGAAAGGAAGUAGCAUACGUAUUGGGAAAUCUCUGUGUUGCGCCUAAUGAUAGUGACGGAAAAGCAAAACUUCUAGUUGAAAACUUGGUUUCACUUGUUGGCAGAGGAUGCCUUGUGGGUUUCAUUGACUUGGUAAGAUCUGCCGAUACAGAGGCUGCAAGGCUAGGAUUUCAAUUCUUGGAGAUGGUAUUGCGAGGAAUGCCAAACGGGGACGGUCCCAGGCUCGUUGAGCGGGAGGACGGGAUUGAAGCAAUGGAAAGAUUCCAGUUUCAUGAAAAUGAAGAGUUGAGAAACAUGGCAAAUUGUCUGGUCGAUAAGUAUUUUGGCGAAGACUAUGGUCUCGACGAGUAGACAGUUGAGGCUUUCAAGACUUAAGCUCUCACAGUUUUCACCAUCAAAAUUUCAUAGCUCUGUCUGCGGUGCACUCAAGUUUACUAGCUGCUUUAUGAAAUCCAGCAUCCUUGGAGGAAGGUAGAAUCGAGCUUUCGGUAUUAUCUUUGUUUAUUUGCAACUUUCCUGAUGAGUUUGAUCAGAGCCUGUCUUACUUUUGCUGUAAAAUCUCGUACACGUCUUUACUAUAAGGAAAAUGCAUUGCAAAAUUUGGAUAAAUGACCUGAGAUUUUGAAACCCCUUGUCAUCUAUUGAACUAUUCUAUUUUCUUUCUUUC